AUGGAAAAUGGAACCAUGCCUUCAUAUUUUUAUUUCACUUUGUUCAAUGAUUUUGUGCACAUGAAAUAUCUUAUCCUAAUAUUGACACUUACAGUUUAUUUAGCAAUUAUACUAUUUAAUGUCAUCAUUUUGUUUGUGGUGUUUAAAGAGAGAUCUCUUCAUGAGCCAAUGUACAUACUGAUAUCUUGUUUGUCUGUCAAUGAUCUCUAUGGCUCAGCUGGUUUCUUCCCUAGGCUCAUGGUUGAUCUCCUUUUUGAUACAAAUACAAUUUCUAGGACAGCGUGUUUUGUUCAGAUUUUUACAAUUUAUACUUUUGCAAUGUCUGAAUAUACCAUAUUAACUCUGAUGGCUUAUGACAGAUAUGUUGCCAUUUGCAAUCCUUUGAAAUAUCAUAAAAUUAUGACCUCAAAAGUGACAGCACUGUACAUGGCACUAGCAUCACUUUAUGCAGUGUUUUCUAUGGGUCUGGUUAUUUUCUUCUCAGCCAGGUUGCCUUUGUGUGGGACUGACAUAGCUCGACUGUACUGCUCAAACUGGUCUGUGGUUCGGCUGUCUUGUGGGACUUCCACUUUGAGUAACAACAUAACUGGAUUUUUUGUCACAACAACAACAGUUUUUCUCCCUGCCUUCUUCAUCUUCUAUACUUAUGUCAGAAUUUUGAUCAUUUGUCAAAAAAGCUCCAAAGAAUUUAGGGGCAAAGCAUUACAAACAUGUCUUCCUCACAUUAUAAGCUUUGUUAAUUACUCUAUAGCAUCGUUUUGUGAUAUUGCUUUGAGUAGGUAUGAUUCAGACAAAUUUAAGAUUGUUGCUUUAAUUUUUUCAGUGGAAUUUCUGGUUAUCCCUCCUGUUCUGAAUCCCCUUAUUUAUGGCUUAAAUUUACCAGAAAUUCGGAAAAACAUUGCAUGCUUGUUUCAGCGCUCAAAAGUUGGCCACUUUCCAGAAUAA